GCUCCCAGCUCCUAUGAUGCUGCUUGGCCUGCUGUGUUCAUCCAGCCCUGCACCUUGUUGUCUCAGUGGACAAUGGGACGGGGGUUUCAUGUCUCCAUGGUAACGGGAGGGAGCCCGUUCGGCCCAUCGUGUCGCUGCCAGUUCAACCCCAGUGUCCAGCUCCUGGGCUCCGGAGGUUAUAGUGUUUAUCGAAGUCGGUUUUAAACACGCUUAGAGUUUCUGUCUGUCUUUUCAGGCAGUCAGUUCCAAUCCUCUACCAUGGAACACAGGGCUAGGCCAUUCGGCCCCUCCAACCUACACUGACAUGUUAUAAAUAACUCCAUUUUUCUGUGUCCCCCACCCCCUUACCCUUGAAUCGUCAUUAUUGGAGGUCCCUUACAGAUGAGGAUGAUGCUUGUCCACUCUCAGAGUGAGUCCAUAGGCGGUGCAUUGACCCCUCCCUUGAUCGGCUACGAUGGGCUGCAUGCAUCGUCCGAAUGACUGACCUGAGACUCCGCAGGCAAGUGCUGUAUUCCCAGGUGGACAGGUACUUCAGUGAUACACUCAAGGCCUCACUGGCAAAGUGCGACAUUCCUACAGGCACCCACUGGCCCAAAGUGAAGGAGGGGCAUCCGGGAAGGCGUCAAGCACCUCGAGACUUGCCAUCAGGAAAAAAUGGAAGCCAGAUGCUGCCGAAUCUGGGAUAGGGCAAUGACUCUGAACAAGACGGACAAGAGCCGGGCAUUGGAGAGGAGACGGGGCAGUACCCCACUGCAUGCCCACCGCCGGAGUAUGCCAGUGGAUGAGCGGGAGCUGUGCGCCUCCUUGCAGGGGGGGACCCUGACUAACCUGGUCCGCUGCACCUCCUUCAACCCGGGCCUGCCCCCUCAGCGGGACAGGCCAGCAUCUGGCUCCUCCGAGUCCCUCAGCUCCAGCGGCAGUGACUCAGACAGCAAUCUGUACAAGGUGGUCCUGCUGGGCGAACACCGAGUGGGCAAGAGCAGUCUGGCACGGAUAUUCGGCGGGCUGGAGGAAAGCGAGGUCCAUGAGACUGAAGGAAGAGGAGACACGUUCGACAGAUCGAUUAUGGUGGAUGGCGAAGAAGCAAAUCUUUUGUUGUUUGAUAUCUGGGAGCAGGAUGACACCAACUGGGUCCGUGAGCAGUGUAUGAAGCUUGGAGAUGCCUAUAUCAUUGUAUAUUCGGUGACAGACCGAGCCAGCUUCGAGAAGGCCUCAGAGCUGAGGAUCCAGCUGAGGAGGGUGAGACAGGCAGAGGACAUUCCCAUUAUCCUGGUUGGGAACAAAAGUGACUUGGUUCGAUCCAGAGAGGUGUCUGUGGAAGAGGGGAGAUCCUGUGCUGUGGUUUUCAACUGCAAGUUCAUCGAGACCUCAGCUGCUCUCCAACACAACGUCCGGGAUCUCUUUGAGGGUAUCAUCCGGCAGAUCAGGCUGCGGAGGGACAGCAAGGAGGCCAACGAGAGGCGGCUGGCAGAUGCCAAGAGGCGGGAGAGCAUCGGGCAGAGGGCCAAACGUUUCCUCAGCCGCAUUGCGGCCAGGAACAACAAGAAGAUGGCCUUCAAACAGAAGUCCAAGUCCUGCCAUGAUCUCUCCGUCCUCUGAGAGAGAUUGACGAAACGCGGGUGUCACUUUGGCUGCUGUGCAACCAUUAUGAAAUGUGUGUGUGUGUGUGUGUCCUUUAUGUGGCUGUUGGAAGGUAGAAGUUACUGCUUGGAGAAUGCACAUUAUCUGGAACUAUACAAAAGGAAUUUGAGAUCUCGCUGAUGAACACAGUGAUGCAUUUUUUGCAAGUUGCCUGUGCUGCAGCUGAUGGCCUCCUGACUGGCACGGUGAAACUGACAGUGCAUCAGCCCCCAAACGUGGAUCACAUCCUUAGAUUGUGGAACCAAGUGACUAACAAUCUCUCCACCAAGAAGACAAGAGGCCUCCUGCCUCUCUCACUUCAAACUCUUUUUACCUGCCUUCUGACAUACCGUACCGUUUUCGUUCAUCAAGCUCCUUCCCAAUAUCAACAGGCUACCAUUCUGACACUGACCGAUAGAGAGAGAGCUGAUGGAGAUGGUUGCGGAAGGACAGCUGAGAGCUUUCGGGAAGAAUUGGAACCCCGAGGCUGGGGAGAUGGUACAAUUGUUAUUUUGGAAGGAGGUGAUUUCUCGGAAGCUGCCCUUAUGAUUCCCUUGAAAGAGGGUCUGCCUCAGUACUCUAUCUGUUACCACCAGGACUUGGGGUGGUGGCUGGAAAAUGUUCUUUAGUCAAUUUGUUUGGGCAAAUGUCUGUGACAGGGGUGGGGGGGGCGGAUCUUGAAGCCAGCCUUACUGGUCUAUAGAUAGGGACACUGCCACCACCACAGGACCGUCUCCUUUUAAAGGAGAAAGUAGCUGUAAUGUUGGCUGCUCUGGGCAAUCCAUAUUCCAUUUAAUUAAUAAGGCUUUCUCUCUGUACAUAGGAUCAGACAAUAAUCACUGAAUCAGACCUUGAAUACAGUGGUGGACUCAUGAAGAAUUAGUCUUUUGGUGUCUAAUACAGCUCUGAGGUUGUGUAUAAUGGAAUCAUACAUCUCAGGAGAAGGCCAUUUAUUCCAUCAUAACUGUGCUAGCUCUUUGAGAAGUUUAUCCAAUUAAUCCCACUCGCAUAGUUUUUCCCCGUAGCCCUCAAAGACUCAAGAGAAUUGGGAAAGAAUUGCUGGUCCAAGUGGAUGCAGGUCAAUCUGAGCUGCCUGUGUUAAGAAGUUGACAGUCAUGCUGUUUGAGGGCUGCAGUUUCAGAUUCUGAUACAGCCAGGGUAGAUUCUCAACGUAUUGUCGGUGCUGGUGGUGGAUCAUUGUAAAUCGGUCAACAUCAGUAACUCAAGGAAUGGGGCAAGGAGAAAUUUCACUUUAUUUAAAAGAAGCAGUUAAGUCUCAUUUCUGAUUUAUAAAGCAGAGCAAUGGUAUAAACAGCAGUAAAACUUUGAAAAGCACCAGGAGUUUUAUUGGUGAGAGGUUUUUUUUUGAGCUGACUGUUAAACUGAGUGAAAGGGAAUGAAAGAAUGUUCAGGUGUCUCUGGGGAUGUGUGAAGUGAGCAGGCUCAUACAGAAACAUCAUGUGGAGUAGUCAAGCUGUAUCACAAGUUCAGGAGCAGCUGCUGUGAAACUAAAAUUAAAAAAGCAAUAAUCCAUCAUCACUGUGGUUCCAUUCUUGUUGCAUCAGAUUCCUUUGCACUUCUGUUUAAUAUUAUUCAAAUCAUUUCUUAACUGUUUACAUAUUGAUUUUUGUAUUUAAAAUAAAAUUUAUUCAGCCUUGCA